GCAGUACUUUCUCUCUCUCUCUCUCUCCAGUACUUUCUCUCUCUUCCCCAAUUCUGUGUAUGUGUAGUACAAAGGAAAAGGACAUUUUCACGAACUCUUCAUUACCACCUAACCCUAUUUAAAGGUUCAACCUCAAAUUCACAAAAAUCCUCGCGAUGACCCAACGAUCCAUCGUGUUCUCUUCCUUCGUCAAUCCCCACCUAUGUCUCGCCUCCUCUGCCUCUCCCUCUCUCUCCUCCUUCUCGCCGUCGCCGUCUCCGGCCACGGCGGCGACUCCCACGCCGACGACGAUGACUCCUCUCCGGACCACCCCGAUCUGAGGUCGAAGUCUCUGAUUCUCACCAAGAUCUGGUGCCUGAUCGUCGUCUUCGCCGGGACCUUCGCCGGCGGAAUGUCGCCGUACUUCGUGAAGUGGAACGAGGGGUUUCUGGCCCUGGGGACGCAGUUCGCCGGCGGCGUGUUCAUGGGAACGGCGCUUAUGCACUUCCUCAGCGAUUCGAACGAGACGUUUGGGGAUUUGACGCCGAAAAAGUACCCGUUUGCGUUUAUGCUUGCGAGCGCCGGGUACCUGCUCACCAUGCUCGCUGAUUGUGUAGUUAGCGGCGUUUUUGCGAAGCGAGAGAGUCCUCGUUCUCCUGGGGUUCACGAGCUUCAAGGUGUUCAACAAGCCAAAAGCAGUCUGGACAAUCCGACUUCAGAAUUCCAUCAUCAGGUUGAAAAUGGCACUGAUGCCCAUUCUCCUGGUUCCUCACUUGCAACUGCAACUUCACUUGGAGAUAGCAUACUGUUGAUUAUUGCUCUGUGCUUCCACUCCAUCUUCGAGGGCAUUGCGAUCGGAGUUGCAGAGACAGAUGCUGAUGCCUGGAGAGCUUUAUGGACAGUCUGCCUACACAAGAUCUUUGCAGCCAUUGCGAUGGGAAUAGCCCUCCUCCAAAUGAUUCCAGAUCGUCCCCUCUUCUCAUGCAUAGCCUACUCGUUUGCAUUUGCCAUUUCAAGUCCAAUAGGAGUUGCCAUUGGAAUUGUGAUUGAUGCCACGACCCAGGGUGCAGUCGCAGAUUGGAUAUAUGCCAUAUCCAUGGGUGUGGCUUGCGGGGUGUUCAUUUAUGUAUCAAUCAACCAUCUCCUCUCGAAGAAUGGUGUGACCCAGAAAAUGGUUUCGGUCAAAACGCCCUACCAUAGGUUUUUGGCCGUGCUUCUAGGUGUGGGGGUCAUUGCAGUGGUGAUGAUCUGGGACACCUAAGAUCCUGCUGCAGCAGGUAUCGGUGCCAGCCUUUUUUUCUAGUUUUUACUCCAAACACCAGCUGGUGGAAGGAGGCUGCUGCUCUCGUCUCACACUACAAGCAUCAUGCAUUUCACUGUUCAAUCACACCAUGUACAGAGGAGAGCUUCAGGGAAAGGAUAUAAUUUAUUCUGUUGGAUUUUUCUUGAUUCUAGAGCAUGGAUGAAAAACUAGAAGCACAUUGAAGGAUAAUUCCUUUGUAUUGCUCAUUUCCCUGAACUACAAAUUUUGCCUUACUGAUCAUCUCCCUUGCUUCAAAACAUUCACAUGAAGUUAAAAUAAGCAGAGAACAUUGUUUGCUGAA